GUCUACAACUACACAUUCACCUACGUCCUCCCCCCAGGCGCGCGCUCCCUGGGCCUCGAAACCGCCCUCGCAUUCUGGGGCAUCCUGCUCCCCGUCGCGCGCGCGACGGGCGCGUGGGACGCGCAGUACGACCUCUGGUGGGCGGAGUUUCUGGAGGGGCGCGGCGUGAAGGGCGUCAGCAAGGACACGUGGAGCAUGUUUUUGGAGUUUGUGAAGAGCAUUGAUGCGGGGUUCGAGAAUUACGAUGAGACGGAAUCGUGGCCGUCGACGAUCGACGAUUUCGUGGCGUAUGCGCGCGAACGGAUCGGCAAGACAUGA